AUGGAACUGAGUGUACGAUCACCACCUCCAAUUCGAAGACAUCCUUACCACCUGGCAUCCGUGAGACCUGAAAAGACCAAGAUACCCAAACUACAACAGGCUUCUGCUGCGGUUAUGGUCCCCGCGCGUCCUUCAUUUGACUUGGACGACAAAGGUUAUUGUCGUCCAAGUCAUAGCCUUACUUCAAAUGGGCGACAGAUACUGAAAGAAAUAACCAAAAGGACUCCAGAGACUGGCCAUGUCAUGGAGUUUCACGGUGUUACGCCACGGGAGUACUAUGUAUUACAAAAUGUGCUAGAAGAGACGGGCCGAAAGUUAAGGCUCUCCUACGACUCUAACGAGCGCGUCCUCCUUGUCGACAUGCCUAGUGCCAUUCACGAAGCGCCAUUUACCAAACUCAAGGAUUCCCUUGCCUCUACAUUGCAAAGUCUUCCUUACGAUCAUAAACUCAUUUGUUCGGCCGUUAACAUGAACUUAGCAUUAGAGAUUGAAGGUGCAUCAGUCAUGCCUGAUAUCUCUAUCGCGUUGAUGAAAAGUGCGCAUGCUCAGAGACCUGUGGCGCACGCUUUGGAUAAGAUGAAGAAGACUAUCAGGGCUCAUCCGGAGGUCACUAUGGCCAUCUUAGCGGUAGUCCGUGAGGCGAAGGUGUACGAGUCUCCGAAGGAAGGUUCCGUCGCAUCAGCAACUCUCUUAACUUCGCAGAGGCCUAUGCCUCGUAGUGAAUUCAUCGCCGAAGAGUUCCCGCCCUGCGAACCUGUCGAGAUCGCGGGUCAUACCUGGUGUCAUCUCAGCUCGGUGGAGUACAUGGUGUGGGUAAAGCCAGACGAUGCAGCGCAGUUAGAUCUUGAUGAUGAGGAUGAACAGUAUAUGGCACGCGGCGCAUUGUUCCCUGCGUUCCGCAUGGGCGCCGUCAUGAAUAUGAUCCAACGAGGGUUGGAAAAGGUUAGGGAUGCUUUCGCUGCUUACAGUGAACACCUUGAUGAGACUGUCGAUGUCACUCGCCUCGAGGAAGCUGAAGUAGUUUUUUCAAUUGAUUGGGACGACACCAUCACAUUAAUGCAUGACGCGGUGCUCUCAACCUCUUACGCUCGGUACAAACAUUGGCAUGAGGAUGCCCAACUCAAAGACGAGCCUGUGCAAAUCACAACAACCGGAAAACGCAUACGGGAUCCUUCGUAUUCCCCAUCUGAGUCUUCAGCAUCGGAUGACGCUGACUUACAAGAGACAUCCACUCGUCUUUCUCGUGGACGUCCCAAGCGCAAACAGUGUCCCACCUCUCAGCCUCCUCCUCACAAGUCCAAAUUAACUGGUGAGAAACACCGCGAUUAG